AUGAUUGCAUUGACGACACUAAUUAUAACGAUGCUCGUCGCGACGGGGAUCAUUAAUAUUCGCGAGUUUGCAGGAUUUAAUAGGAUAUACGUUACCACAGAAGAGAAUAACCAAGUGUAUUCAUCAUUGACAUUUAUUUGCGUGGACGGCACCGUGAUGCCAUUAGCGAACGUUUGCGAUGGUAUCCCUCAUUGUCCGGACUCGUCGGACGAAGUCGGAACACUGUGUCGUCACGUUGUAUGUCCCACGCAUAUGUACAGAUGCAAUUACGGUGCCUGCGUGAGUCGCGCGGCGCGAUGCGACGGUCUGGCGGAUUGCGUGGACGCCAGCGACGAGAUCGCUUGCGAUCGAGAUGCUAACGACGUUUGUUCCGACAGGGAUUUUCAGUGUUCCACUGUUAAUCAAGAGUGCAUACCUUUCGCCGAGGUGUGCAACGGCUAUAAAGAUUGCUCGGACGGGAGCGAUGAGAAUACGACGAUCUGCCGCGAAUAUACGUGUCCCGAGCACACGUUCCGUUGUGCGUACGGAGGCUGCGUUCAUCAGGAAGUGGCCUGCGACGGUGUGAAGGAUUGCGUCGACGGCACCGACGAAGACUCGAGCACGUGCGCAGCUGUCGAUUGUCAGGAUCAAGAAGAAUGUUCACAAUACGAGUGCCGAGACCAAGAAUUCGCAUGCGAGAAUAGACGGCAGUGCCUACCGAUAGCUAAAGUGUGCGACGGUACUCGGCACUGCGCAGACGCAUCUGAUGAGAGCGCGAAAUUGUGCGAAGCACGUGAAUGUCCUGAAAAUUGGUUCCGCUGCGCUUACGGCGGAUGCAUUCGAUCGGAGCUGAAAUGUAACUCUCGACUUAAUUGCCACGAUUGGAGCGACGAGGACGAGUCUCUGUGCGGGAUAACGCUGCCCGAAGGUGCCUGCCGAUUGCCCGCCGCGAAAGCGGGCACCCAUUAUAGCGUGAGCGGAUGCUCUGGAUGUCGGCCGGGCGAGGUUGUUCCCGAGCUCACGCGCCUCGAUUACGCCUGCGACGUCGAAGGCACCUUGCAAGGUGCCAGUGAAAUUUAUUGUCAGAAUAACCGCUGGUUUCCCGGUAUUCCGAGUUGUACCUUCAGCAAUGAAACGGAAGGAAUAACAUGCCCGGCGCUGUCCGAGACACAUGAUGCGAUUAAACGAUGCGAGGCGAUGUGGGGUCCUCACGAGGGGUGGCUGCCCUGCGACCGGCCCCUCCCGGUUGCGGCAGCAUUGAUCGUAAAGGGGUGGCGCGUCGAAGAGAAAGAGACAUUGCCAUGGCAAGCCACCCUCUUUUCGCACGAAGAUGGUCAAUGGAGAUUCUUUUGCGGCGGCACGUUGAUCGGAGAACGCGUUGUGUUAACUGCCGGUCACUGCGUUUGGAAGACCGCGGCGGACACGAUGCGCGUCGCUUUAGGGACUCUCUCGAGUGAUUUAAGUCAAGUAGGAGAAAAUGCGCAGGUGAUCGACGUGGAAAGUAUCGAGCUGCAGAACGCGUAUCAAGAUCACGAGAGUAACUACGGCUCGGACAUCGCGUUGCUGAUUUUAAAGAGAGCUGCGACUAUCAACUCGGUUGUUGGGCCAGUUUGCGUUCCUUGGCAUUCCGAUGAAACAUUACUGGAAUACCAGCGAAACGGUGGACUUGGAUUAGUUGCCGGCAUGGGGCUGACGGAGAAUGACACAUUCAGUCCAGUUUUGAGGGUAACUACGAUGAAAAUUAUUUCUGACGACGAGUGUCGUCAAAACCAGAACAGAGAUUUUCGAAAAUAUUUAACUUACACUUCCUUCUGCGCUGGAUGGGCGAAUGGUACUGGGGUAUGUAAUGGAGACAGCGGCGGGGGUUUGGUGCUUCAGCGGCCGAAUUCCAGUGUUUGGGAAGUUCAUGGAGUUGUUUCCGUGAGUCCACGGAGAUUGGGCACCAAUGUAUGUGAUCCGAACUUUUAUGCUGUUUUUACGAAGGCUUUUCAAGUAAAAGCUUUGAAAAGUGGCAUACGGAUCAGUCCUGGCUUAAGUAUAACAACAUACGUGACCUACACGUUCAAAAGAACGUCCAUAUCACAUGCAAUAAUUCCUAUUGAAAUCAAUGGAAAGAUUUUCGAUUAUCACGUGAUAUCUACUUUAGCCAUCGAAUAUAUCAGCAUCGAACCAAAGUUGAUAGACUUUGGUACUAUCGAUAUUGGUUAUUCGUCCGGUUUAAAAAUAGUAACAAUCCGUAAUGAAGGAAGCAAGAGCACCAGGAUUAAGUCUACUCCGAACAUACGUGUUCCCAUCAAAGUGCGGGUCAUUGUACCGAAAUUGGUAGUUUAUCACACAAAUACGACCGGAGAUUUCACGCUCAUCGAUUUUCCACCUACGGUAGAAAAUACCUGUAGGUACGAUACCUUUGUCCUGCGUAACCUUUCGUCUCGAGCUUGCAGUUAUGUUGUCCUCGGUGAGAUCGAUAACGAAGUAAAGUGCAUUCGGGACAUUGACCGUAAGCAAUAUCUGACUUAUAGUGUUUUUGAAAUUCAUCCGGUUGAAGGGCGAAUAAACCCAUUUCAAGGUAUCAUCUUUGAAAUAAAAUUUUCACCAAUAAAUACAUUGCAACGGAGAAAAGAACACGAGCAGAAGCAGCUGAGCAAAUGUGAAAAUGAAUGUCCAAGUCUAAUGAAAAAUAGAGAUUUUAUGCAAUUUAUUAGAAUAGCCAGAGUACAUUGUACAGAAUCGGAUGAUAUCACCAAAUCAAUGAUGGAAAUUUCAUCCAUGUUAAUGUCCCGUGCAUCAAGUACUGAUUCAGGAAUCUGCGAUGUAAUAAAGCUUUGUCUUUACGGUGAGGUAGAAGCGGUACAAUUGCAUCUCGAACCUGAUACCCUCUAUUUCGGAGACUUAAUUGUCGGUCAGAUAUCGCAGCGCGUACUUCGCUUGACAAAUCCUUCCGCUGUCGCACCGAUAUAUCUAGAAUGUGCGCCGAAUGCAGCUGCACGUUGCUGUCCGAAUUGGAUGAGACUCAAGCCGAAAACGUCGAUCGAAAUUCUCGUUAAAGUUUGCGGCAAAGAAAGCAUUGAACCUUCCUUCAAGUUGUUCUUCAAUGUCGCAGCAGAUUCUUACGAUUCGACCGCGUCCAGACGACGCUUUGGAAGAAUAAAAGUCGGAAGUUACUUCGUUGAAUGCACGGUGAAUAUUAUUUUCAAGUCUAAGAAAGGACUUUUAAGCCACUUAAUGAUCUUGCAACCAGGCUCGAUAAUGACAAGAUUAGUCGAGUAUUUUGCGGACGGAGUUGGCAAGUUUAAUGGAUAUAUCAAUUAUGUGAUUAACGAUAAUCACUCUUUCGAGCUCAAUAUUACUGCUUACAUCGUUCAAAAGCAACUGUAUAUUGACAAAAGAGAGAUUGAAUUUGGGAAGGAAUGGUCGAAAGGAGAAGUUUAUCGACCUUUGGCCUCUGUUGUCCAAAUUACAAACAAAUUGGAUGCAAAAAUAUGUUUCAGGUGGGAAGUGCCAGCGGCGUCUGGAUUCCAUAUAGAACCGAGAUCGGGUUCCGUACGGGGUAACGCUACGUUACACGUUUACGUGCGCUACGAGCACUCCGAUAACGCUAAAGAUAAUUACGCUCAAGCAUUGAUGAAGUGCGAGAGCGGAAGUCGCGUGUCCCUGCGACUUAGCGUACCGCGAUUUGUACCGAAGGUCGAAUUCGUGAGCGACAACGCGAAUCUGGGGGAAAUACCUCUCAAUUUGCCGACGAGGGUGGUCGCCGUUCUUCAAAACUUUGAAUUCAACGAGGUGACGUACGAGAUAGAUAGCGCGUCACUGAUACGCGGCUGUAACGUUAAUCAGCUACGAGGGAAGAUAUCCCCGCGCGGUAUCGCAAUUCUUGAGGUGUAUCUUACGUUCGACGUUUGCUGUCGCUUUACUACAACAAUUGCCGUUACGAUUCAAGGAUGUCUACAAUUACUAUAUAGGAUAAAUGGCAGCGUAUCAUUUCCGCGAUUGAAGCUUCUGCCGCAACGAAUAGACGUAAAACGUCUCAGCAUUGACGCUCUUCAAACUUACCAGAUAACAGCCACAAAUGUCGGGACAACGUUAUUGAAAUUGCAAGUUUUGUUGGAAGAACAUCCCGAAUUUCACGUCUCUUUAUUGGAAAAUGGCAAAAGUUUGGAGAUAGGUACGGAAGGGAUAAUCAUCGUCUCAGGUGCAAGUCAAACUCUUUAUCUGCACUUUCAACCAGUCGAUUUGGCCAGCUACGCUUUCUAUUUGCCGAUCGUGAUAAAUCAGCUCCUCGGUCCGGUGUCGAUGCUGAAUCCCAAGAGCAUUCGACCAGCGGAAUUUUUGAAAUCGCAUGAAGCACAUUAUGCGCAUUUACCGGGUUUUGCUAUAACGCCGUUGCCUGAUAAGCUGCCGACUAUAUCUAUCGAUUAUACCGUGGCUAGCCGCGUUAUUUUCUUCAGCAAACUUUCGUUCCGAUUCAACGCUGCGACUAACAAAAUAAAUUCGGUUUGGCAAACGUCGGUCAACGAUCGCCUCGUUGUCGAGUGGACCGCUCAAGGUGAAUGCAUUUGCUCAAAUCAGCGAAGUGGCGUAAGAGACAAUUGUUUGUUUAACGUCAGCUUACCUGUACCAUCCUGCAAUGUUCAGCUUCGGAAAUGUGUAGCUCAGAUGUUUCAAAAAACUCUUGAAUCGAAGGAACGUCUGUUCUGGUCCAAAUACUUAAAUACCCAUAUCGAGCUACGAUUAAUAAAAUGGUUGAUGGGAGAUGACGUUGAUUCCGCAGCUUUGGAAUUUGUCCAUGUUUUUAAUACUGCCGUCACAUAUAAAGUUACAAUUUCGGACAAAUUGAGUCCUCUUAUUCUACCAGAAUGCUUCACUAUACAAGGCAAGUAA